AUGAAUAAACGCAUCUCACGUCGUAAAGCGCAUACCAAGUCCCGCAAAGGUUGCUUCCAGUGCAAGCAACGGCAUUCAAAAUGUAACGAGGUACAUCCUCGAUGUGCGAAUUGUGUUCGAUUGGAUAUCGACUGUAUCUGGCCCGCAGCUACUAAGGGAUCCCCGCUCUAUUUAGGGACACCACACCCCGAAAGCCCAAAUUCUGUACUCCCUAGCACGCGCCUAGGCGGAAGUCCUACAAUAACACCAAUUCCCGUUGAACCCGAACUUCCACUGGAAGAUCUGAAGCUAAUGCACCACUGGACGACGAAGAUGUACAAGCCAUUACACCCAACACAGCCCGCCAAAGAGGGAAUGUGGCAAGUGAGAUUUACAGAAUUGGGAUUCGACCACCCUUUCUUGCUGCGUGGCUUCCUCGCUCUUGCGACCAUCCACAAAGCAGUUUCAGAGCCUCAUUCCGACGUUCAAAGCCUACUACAUCAAGCAGACUCUCAUAUGAGCAGGUGCUUGGCCACAUAUCGGAAGAAUCUAGAACAACCAAGUCCAGAGACUGCUGUACCGAUGUUCUUGUUAUCGACAAUCCUUGUCAUCUACAACAUGGGCUCAGGGCAUUUGGAGGAGCCUGAAAGCCCAAUUGAUUCUAUCUACCACUGCUUCCGGCUUCUACAGGGCGUCAAAGUUGUAAUUCAGCCGCAAUGGGAGACAAUUAAGGAAAGUGAUGUCUUUGCUUCCGUAGCUAAGACAAUCAUGGGUUUCUGGCAGUCGGAUCUGGAUCUUGAAGACGAAGGAUUCGGUGAGAUACUUCGACUGAAAGAACUGACGGACGGGAUGGAAUCUUCUGACCGCGAGACGUGUCUCCAUGCUAUCGUCGAGCUGCACAAGACGUUUAUCAAGGUCUGGCGUUGCUCGGAGGACCAGGAUGAACACGCAACAAUGUUCACAUGGCCUGCAGUCUUGCAAGACCAUUUUAUGAACCUUCUCUCCGUUUAUAAUCCGGCAGCACUGAUCAUUCUUUCUCAUUUUGCUGUCCUCCUCGCGCGGUCUCGCUCUUCGUGGUGGGUACAGGACUGGCCAGAUCGGAUCCUGCGUGCCUCAAAGCACCUGCUCGAGAGUAAGCCAGAAUUCCAACGAUGGUUGGCUUGGCCUUCGGAACACAUCGCAGUUGGUAACUGA